UGUUAUUGUUACAAGUUCAGACCUUGAGUUUUUCUGUUAUGAAAAUUUUGAUCUUGCUCUAUCAACCUUUCAGCCAUUAUUCUCUUUAAAACUUGUUCUUGAGAAGAGGAUUGGAGUGGGCAAGGCAGUGGGCAAGCUACGGACCUUCAUCAUCGAGCCAUUCCUGCCCCACGAGCAGAAGGAGGAGGCGUACGUGUGCAUCUAUUCCCACCGUGGAGGCGAUACCAUUCUCUUCACACACGAGGGCGGAGUGGACAUAGGAGACGUGGAUGCGAAGGCUCUGAAGCUCGACCUUCAGAUUGAAGACCAGCUCUCGGUGGAGCAGGUCAAGGAGAAGCUCUUGGUGCAUGUGGAGAGUGGACCCAGGAAGGAAAAAGCAGCUGCCUUCAUCAAAGCCCUGUACGAUCUCUAUGUUGAACUGUGCUUCACAUACCUGGAAAUCAACCCACUAGUGAUUACGUCAGACAAUGUCUACAUCCUAGACUUGGCAGCCAAGCUUGAUGCAACAGCCGAGUUCAUGUGCAAGACCAAGUGGGGGGAUGUGGACUACCCUCCUCCCUUCGGCCGGGACGCACUGCCCGAGGAAGCUUUCAUUGCUGAUCUGGAUGCGAAGAGUGGCUCGUCUCUUAAGCUCACAAUUCUGAAUGAAAAGGGUCGCAUUUGGACAAUGGUGGCAGGUGGUGGUGCUUCUGUCAUUUAUGCAGACACCAUAUGCGAGCUUGGUGGAGCCCCAGAGCUGGCCAACUAUGGAGAGUACUCCGGAGCCCCCUCAGAGCAGCAGACGUACGAGUAUGCGAAGACUAUCUUGACUCUCAUGACAAAGGAGAACCACCCUGAUGGCAAGAUCUUGAUCAUUGGAGGUGGCAUUGCUAACUUCACAAAUGUGGCAGCUACGUUUAAGGGCAUUGUGCGUGCCUUGCAGCAGUAUCAGGCCAAGCUCAUUGAGGGGAAAGUUAGCAUAUUUGUGCGAAGAGCUGGACCAAACUAUCAAGAGGGUCUCCGCAUUAUGAGAGAAGUGGGCAAGACCCUGGGCAUCCCUGUCCACGUCUUUGGUAAUGAGACACACAUGACUGCCAUUGUGUCCAUGGCUCUUGGCAAGAGGCAGAUCCCCACUGAGCCAACAGGGGAGAGUCACACAGCCAACUUCCUGCUUCCAGGAGGACAGAAUGCUGCGGGCCCCCCAUCAGAAAUUUCAUACCUGAAGGAUAUGUUUCCUUCUCUCUCAAAAAAAAGGCAAUCGCCUCGUCCAGCACGAAAGGCCAGUACUUCCGAGCCAGAGCCUGCAGUGAAGCCUGCCCAGAAAGACUUAAAGCAACUGUUCCACAAGGAUACAAAAGCCAUCAUCUGGGGCAUGCAGACAAGGGCCGUUCAGGGCAUGCUGGACUUCGACUUUGUCUGCUCGAGGUCGGAACCCUCAGUGUCGGCCAUGGUUUACCCCUUCACAGGAGACCACAAGCAGAAGUUCUACUGGGGCCACAAGGAGAUCCUCAUUCCAGGUUGGGUGCUAGGAGGGUGUGGGAAGAUCCGCACUAUUGCCAUCAUUGCUGAGGGUAUUCCUGAAAACCUGACUCGUAUCUUGAUCAAACGUGCGAAUGAGAAGGGAGUGUCUAUCAUCGGCCCAGCCACAGUGGGUGGAAUCAAGCCUGGCUGCUUUAAGAUUGGCAACACUGGUGGCAUGAUGGACAACAUCUUGCACUCUAAGCUUUAUCGUCCCGGCAGUGUUGCCUACGUGUCACGUUCUGGUGGCAUGUCCAAUGAGCUGAACAAUAUUAUCUCGCAUAAUACUGAUGGUGUUUACGAGGGAGUUGCCAUUGGUGGAGACCGAUACCCAGGAACCACAUUCAUGGAUCAUCUCCUACGCUACCAUGAUAACCCAGAGGUCAAGAUGCUGGUGCUACUGGGUGAGGUAGGAGGUGUGGAGGAGUAUGAAGUCUGCCAAGCUUUACAGAAUAAGCGCAUCACCAAGCCCAUUGUUGCUUGGUGUAUCGGAACGUGUGCUGGUAUGUUCUCCUCUGAGGUGCAGUUCGGCCAUGCAGGAGCUUGCGCAAAUGCUGAACGAGAAACUGCCGUGGCCAAGAACAAGGCUCUGGCUGAUAGUGGUGCCAAAGUUCCUGCCAGUUUUGAUGAGCUGGGUGAGAUGGUCCACCUUGUGUACAGGAGUCUGCUAGAAGAAGGAAUCAUUGUGCCUAAAGAGGAGGUCCCACCCCCCACUGUGCCAAUGGACUACAACUGGGCCAGGGAACUUGGCCUCAUCCGCAAACCAGCUUCCUUCAUGACUUCCAUUAGUGACGAGCGAGGCCAGGAACUUCUCUAUGCUGGCAUGCCCAUUUCUGCUGUCUUGGAGCAAGGUCUGGGCAUUGGUGGCACCCUGUCCCUCCUCUGGUUCCAGCGCCGUCUACCUCCUUAUGCCACAACCUUCCUGGAGAUGUGCUUGAUGGUUACAGCUGACCACGGACCUGCUGUGUCAGGCGCUCACAACACCAUUGUCUGCACCAGGGCUGGGAAGGAUCUUGUGUCAUCCCUUGUGUCUGGGUUGUUAACCAUUGGUGAUCGAUUUGGAGGUGCUCUUGAUGGUGCUGCCAGGCAGUUUAGUGAGGCCUUUGACAAGGGUCUUUUGCCAAUGGAGUUUGUGAAUGACAUGCGUAAGAAGGGGCAGCUUAUCAUGGGUAUUGGACACAGGGUGAAGUCACUCAACAACCCAGACAAGCGCGUAGAAAUCAUCAAGAACUUCGUAAAGCAGGAGUUCCCUUGCACGCCUCUCCUCGACUAUGCGCUUGAGGUGGAGAAGAUCACCACCAGCAAGAAGCCCAACCUCAUCCUCAACGUAGAUGGCGUCAUUGGAGUGUCAUUUGUCGACAUCUUACGGAACUCCGGGUUGUUUACCAGGGAAGAGGCAGAAGAAUACGUGAACAUUGGCACCAUCAACGGGCUCUUUGUUCUCGGUCGCUCAAUGGGCUUCAUUGGCCACUACCUGGACCAGAAGAGGCUGAAGCAGGGCCUGUACCGCCACCCCUGGGAUGAUAUCUCCUAUGUCAUGCCUGAGCACUAUGCCUCCUAAGCAUCAUGUGGAGUCUCCUGCCAUCCCUUUCCGAGGCCUCUUCCUUCUCCUCUUCCUGCCAUCCCCCAACUCCUUUCUUUCCUUUUUCUUUCAAUUUUGAGAAGAAACCUAAGCUUCAGGGUGCAUAGAACUACCUUCUUGAGUAGGAGAGCAGAUUGAAUUUUCUCAGACAUUUUAAGUGGUUGAUGGAAAGCCAAGAAAAGGUGCAAUAAUGGCAGUAGUGGUUGCAGCAUAGAAUCUGCUUGUGCAUUUUGGAAAUGUUGGAGAGUAAUUUUAGUUUUUUUUUAUUUUAAUUUGUUCCCCUGCCCUAUUUUCUUCCUUCUCCCAGUCUUUGUGCUUUUAUACAUGUGAUAUGAUUUUUUGUUUGAUCUGUUAAAUCUGAAAGAUUUGAAAUCUGUGGAAGUAACAAUCUAUAUUGACAAUAAGUAAAAAUUUAUAAUUGAUAUAAGAGAGAGAUGCUUGAUUUUAAUAGUAACAUUAAUUUGACCUUUAUUUUACAAUGUUCAUUUUGUCUGUUUAAUUUUGUGUAAAACAUUUAAUAAUUUCUAUUUUUUGUGGAUAUUCAGAUGAAUUGAAUAAUAAUGCCUAUGUAAGGACAUAAAAGAUACAUAUCAAAAAGUGGAAAAAAGUGCAGUUUAUUUAUAUUUUGUUUAAUUUCUCUUAAUGCACAACAUAAGUAUUAUAAGAGAGUAGUUGUGAUCGUUGUUUGUUAAAAGCAUAUUUAAAAUUAGUUUUAAUUAUUGUUGAUGAUGCUCUAGUGAUAUUUGGGGUAGAAAAACACAGAAAUGAUGCUUUAGUCAUGUAUCAAGUUAUUAUAAGGAAGUUUUUGAACAUACUGUUGAACAUUCAAAAUGAAGGAAUUACAUAUAUAUAUAUAUAUAUAUAUAUAUAUAUAUAUAUAUAUAUAUAUAUAUAUAUAUAUAUAUAUAUAUAUAUAUAUAUAUAUAUAUGUAUAUUAUACACCUGUGUGUGUAAUUUUAUUUAUCAGGGGUAGAUGAUUAAAUGAUACAGUAAUUCAAAGUGAAUGAGUUUGAUGUUCCUAGUUGAAAUUGAUGUUACGCACAAGAUAGCUAGCUUUCUGCACUCAAUUCCCUCCAGCCAGUGCUUUAGGUGGAAUAAAGUAAAACAUAUAUAUUUGUGUAGGAAAUGUUGGUAAUUGUGUGCAUGUGUUACCAGUGAGAAGUAAUGCGAGAAAAUAUUGCAUAAUAUAAUAAGCCCCUUUCGUUAUUGUCACCUAUUUCUGUAUAUAUUGUUGAAGAUGAAGAGAUUUUUUGUAAUUUCAAAGAAUUAUAUGGAAGGUUAAAACCUCAAAUGUGUUGGAUGUGUGUGUGUUUCAGUGUACUAGGUGGUUCUGUGCACAUGUUUUACACAUGUAUCGAACAGUAAUUUACCCGUGCCCAAAGUGACACGUGUUUUGCUCUCUAAGAAAAGAAAAAAGGUGAAUAUCAUAGAAUGUGUUGCCUUAAAGUUUUUCAGCAGUCUGGAGACUUUAGGAUAUCAGCUAACAGGGGUGUGAAGAACUAUUUUUCUUUUCAAAUAAAAUGGUUCAACAGUCAUAGUGUAGGAAGAUGGGCAUAGAUGUUGGUCACUUUUAAGGUAUAAAAUAACAAUUAUUGCUGUUGCGGACUUUUUAUAAUUUUAUUUAUUUUUGAUGACCAUGUUCUGUUUUUUUUUUUUUUUUAUUUUAAUUUGUUCCCCUGCCCUAUUUUCUUCCUUCUCCCAGUCUUUGUGCUUUUAUACAUGUGAUAUGAUUUUUUGUUUGAUCUGUUAAAUCUGAAAGAUUUGAAAUCUGUGGAAGUAAUAAUCUAUAUUGACAAUAAGUAAAAAAUUAUAAUUGAUAUAAGAGAGAGAUGCUUGAUUUUAAUAGUAACAUUAAUUUGACCUUUAUUUUACAAUGUUCAUUUUGUCUGUUUAAUUUUGUGUAAAACAUUUAAUAAUUUCUAUUUUUUGUGGAUAUUCAGAUGAAUUGAAUAAUAAUGCCUAUGUAAGGACAUAAAAGAUACA